CAAAGGUGGUUUUGAAACCCAGACUCACUUUUUAAUUUUAUGGCCUCUUGAUAAGUUGUCUUACGUUUGUGUGAGCUCAUCCCCACCUCAGUUUAGAAUGGAAAUAAUAAGAGUCAUCUGAGUUUGCUCAUCUGAAAAAACCAAAACAAAACAAAGCAAAACGGCCUAUUGUUAUUAAAGGAUGACCUGAUCAAGCAAAAAAAAAGAAAAGAAAAAGAAAACAAGGAUGCCGCCUGUAGAUUGCCUCACACCUUGCUAAGUGGAUUCCAUGUCACAGGAACCGAACUCUAACAGCCAUUAGUGGCAACUAUUUACUGUCCUCAACUGCCCCCUCCCCUUUUAAGGGCUGCUUGGGAAGCACUGUAAGAGCUUGACUUAGAAUAAGACCUUUGUUUUGGAAACUUUCCUAAGCUGGGGGUCUUGAGGGUGCACAGGGGAUACUUGAAAACACAGAUUGGUGAACGUGGUGCAGUUUUCUGAAGAUCUGGUCAUGUGCUUAUUUUUUUUGUUGGAACUCUUUAGUUAUCCCUUUAAAGCAUUACAGUUAACAGAAGGCAACAACAAAUAAGUGACUAAAAAAUGUGGAAAAUAAAAAUUGUGGAAAAAAUAUGAAUCAAGUGGUACUCUCGAUCCUGUGUGCUGCAACAAACAAGCUGGAUCUUGGCGCACCCUUUAGAAACAAAGAAAUCACUGGUGUCUCCACACCUCUAGGGUUUUUUCUCCCCCUUCUAGAGUCAGACCAAGGAUAUUCUAGAUUUUACUUGGGGUUCAUUUUUAUAAAGGAAUAACGUUUUGGGAUUCAGACGCUACUCUAUAGAAUCGGAACAGAUUUCCUUGUCCAAAGAGCAUACUUCAGACUUGCCCCUUUGCCUUUCUGCAUUUGACUUACUGAUAAGUGAAGGGAACAAUACAGGUAACGGCCUGAAGCUCUGGGGUCAGGACUAACCUCAUUGUUACUGACUGAACCUAGGGGACAGUUUGCCUCCUUUGUAUUUUUUUAAAUUUUGAAGUGCUGGGAACACUGUCCCACUAGCCUCCAGCAUCUUUAUUCUUAUUUUUCAACCUAUUUCUCUGGUUUCCAUCCUUCAGUUUCACUUCUGAAUAGUUUUUAUUUUAAUGUCUUACAGGCAUUUCCAUAUUUAACGUGUUCAACACUCUGGACACCGAUAGCUUCUCAAAUCCUGCUCCUGAGAUUCCCAACCAUAUGCAACACUAACAGUAUUUCUUCCUAACUACAGGAGUCCUGAGUCUCCCUGCUCCUUAAUAUAUCUUUGUGCUAGCCCUGCCUUUCACUACAAAGUGUUAGUUUGAUUGUCAUGUUUCUUAGUGGGUUCUCCUUGGAUGAAAAUUUAAGUUCCUUAGCAGAAAUUCAAGGACUUCUGUGAUCUGGUUCCUACCUACCCCUCUACCCUGUCAGAUGGCUGAACACAUUGAAUUUACAUCACUUCUUAAGUGGUUUCAACCUUCCUAAUGCUGUAACCCUUUAAUACAUUUACUCACGUUCUGGUUAACACCCCCUCCCCCAAUUAUUUUUGUUGCUACUUCAUAACUAAUUUUACUACUGUUACAUAUUAUAAUAUAAAUAUCUGAUAUGUAAGAUGGUCUUCAGUGACCCCUGAAAGUCAUUUGAUCCCACCAAAGGAGUCAGGAUACGAAGGCUGAGAACUACUGUCUUACAGGUGCCGGAAAGACAACACUUCUGAACUACAUUUUGACAGAACAACAUAAUAGAAAAAUAGCAGUGAUUUUGAAUGAAUUUGGAGAAGGGAGUGCAGUAGAGAAAUCCUUAGCUGUCAGUCAAGAUGGAGAACUCUAUGAAGAAUGGCUGGAACUUAGAAACGGUUGCCUCUGCUGUUCAGUCAAGGACAGUGGCCUUAGAGCUAUAGAGAAUCUGAUGCAGAAGAAGGGCAAAUUUGAUUACAUACUCUUAGAGACCACUGGGCUAGCAGAUCCUGGUGCAGUGGCUUCUAUAUUUUGGGUUGAUGCUGAGUUAGGGAGUGAUAUUUAUCUUGAUGGUAUCAUAACUGUUGUAGAUUCAAAAUAUGGAUUAAAACAUUUAACUGAAGAAAAACCUGAUGGCCUUGUCAAUGAAGCUACUAGGCAAGUUGCUUUGGCAGACAUGAUUCUCAUCAAUAAAACAGACUUGGUUUCAGAAGAGGAGCUAAACAAAUUAAGAACAACUGUCAGAUCAAUAAAUGGACUGGGAAAAGUUCUAGAAACUCAGAGAUCAAGAGUUCAUCUCUCCAAUAUAUUAGACCUUCAUGCCUAUGAUACUCUCUCUGGAAUAAGUUUACAGAAAAAGCUCGAGCAUGUGCCAACAGCACCCCACCUUGAUCAGAGUAUUGUUACAGUCACAUUUGAAGUACCAGGAAGUGCAAAGGAAGAGAGUCUAAAUGUAUUUAUUCAGAAUCUCCUCUGGGAAAAGAAUGUGAAACACAAGGACGGCCGUUGCAUGGAGGUCAUUCGGCUAAAGGGACUGGUGUCUAUCAAAGACAAACCACAGCAAAUGAUUGUGCAAGGCAUCCAUGAGCUGUACGACCUAGAAGAGAGCCUAGUGAGCUGGAAGGAUGAUGCUGAGAGGGUGUGCCAGCUGGUCUUCAUUGGUAAAAAUUUAGAUAAGGAUAUUCUUCAAGAACUCUUCAUCACUGCUGUGGCAGACGCAGAAGAGCAAAGGACGGCACCAGGCAAAGAUGGAGUUGGUCCAUCGCACUGAAAGGACUGACGGGAAAAACAAGGAUGUGUUUAAAUCCUGGAUUCAUUACCUCUGUUAUGAUUUGGGAGUAUACUGUAUAAUAGUAUUUAUUUUAUAAAAACACAUAAAAUUUUAGUAAAUUAUUAUAAAAACAUCUGAUAUUCAUAAAAUAUAUCCUCUGGAGUUUUUUUUGAGGCAAGUAUUUCACAAAAAUUUCAUAAUUUUCUUUGAAGUUUAAGCAUGACUGCUGACAAUUUAUCUACCAUUAUUUGUAAAAAUGAUGGCAAACUUUUCAUUGUUUCUUAAAAACUUCAGAUAAUUGCUGAGAUACAAGGACUAUAUUGAUAGUAACAAGAAAUGCUAUUAUUAUAUUUUAAAAAAAGUUUAACCUUUAUUUUGAUGUUAUGUGUAUGUGUAUUUUGUCUGCAUGCAUGUCUGUGUACUCACUGCACAUUCAGUGUCUUAAGAGUCCAGAAGAGGACGCUGGAUCCCCUGGAGCUGAAGUCACAGCCAGUUGUAAGUCUCCAUGUGGGUGCUGAGAAUUAAACCCAGGUCCUUUGGAAGAACAGCCAGCACUCUUAACUACUGAGCCAUCUCUUCAACUCUCUCACUGUGUUUUUAAUAGAGUGAGUUUUUAAUGUUCCUAAAGACUUAAAGAGUCAAAGAAAUUAAACCAUCUCUUACAAUCAGUAAUAGUGUAAUGGUACUUUGGCUCUUCGUUCUGUAUUAUACUUAGAAGAUUAUAAUUGUUGAACUUUAAACUUUAGUUUUAUUGCUGGCAUUAAAUUCAUCUUGACUAUUUUGAA